AUGGCCACAACAGAAAAGACAGUGGCAGGGCAGUGGUCCAAUCUACCAAAGGAAUUGUUGUCACUCAUAGCCAACCACCACCUCCACUCCGUCACCAUCCACAUCCUCCGCAUCCGCGCCACCUGCACCUCAUGGCGCUCCGUCAUUCCUCCUCCCCUUCCUCCUCCUCCCUCUCACACCAUCUUUGGUCAACGGAUCUCCAUCCGUUGGUCCAAUUUCACGGUCACACAAACCUCAAUCUUCUACCGUCUCCACUACCAACCAUCUUCAAUUCCAUCUUCUUCUGAGAAGGGAUGGAUCAUCAUGGUCGGAAAUUCCACAUCCAAUCCAGUUCAGCUCUUGGAUCCAUUCACCGACCAACCACUCUCAGAAACGGUUACACACCCAUAUGACUGUAAAACUCCACCAAAGCUCCUCAACCUCUGCAACUUCCGCUUGGUUGAGUUAUUUGAAGCCUAUGCGCUCACACAGUUCGUUACUCGUCAAGAAGGCGAUUCCGGGUCCACUUCUUUCACGCCUUUUGAUCUUGUUAAAGCAAUAUUGUUUCCGAAUUCAACUUCCCAAACUUUUGAUGAGUCAUCACGCAUGGUUUUUGCACUCUACAGCAGUGGAAGGCUGUCGGUUUCAAGAAUUGAUGAAGAUGAGGGUUGGACUGCCCUAAACCAUGGGAAUUCUAGUUUUGAUGAUGUCAUCCUCCGCAAUGGGCAGCUUUAUGCUGUGGACAAGUGUGGAACCAUCUUCUGGGUGGAUUGUUCGACCAUGAAGCUGGUUCAGUUCAGUCCAAUCCUUUGUGAUUUUGAGGCAAAGAAGAAGAAGCGGUUGGUGGAUUGUAAUGGGAGCCUCUAUUUGGUUGAUAUUGAUACUGACAUUGAAAAGAAAGAAUAUUAUGAUGAGAAUAAUAAGGCUAUCAAGGUUUACAAGCUUGAUAUGGAUCAUGGGUGGCUCAAUGCGGAGAACUUGGGAAACGUGGUUUUUGUGUUGGGUGCAAGCUGCAGUUUUUCUCUCAGUGUUGAAGACUACCAUGGCUGCGAAGCAAAUUGCAUCUACUUGUACUCUCGUCACAGGGUUCGUGCUUUCAGCUUGGAAACAUGUAAGUUCAAGCGUCCUAAGCUCUUUUGGCCUUGUCCAUCUUUAUUUGAAUCCAGGUUCAAUUUGUGA